AUAUAAACUUGCGGAACCGGAGAAAAGUAUUCAUUAGCUGGACGCACUCUGGAAAUCAAGGUUUUACUCAAGUGCAUAUUUAUUCCUGGAAAAAUGACAUUCUCCAAAAAUCUGGAAGUGAUUGUGUUGUUCGUAACAAUCCUAGCUUGCAGCGGGGCAGCGUCUCCUGCACCCUUGAAGAAUAAUACCGCUGAUGGGAAGGGGACCCUUGGAGUAAUCAUUCCGACCGCGAUUCCAUGCUGGUUUGAUAAUGAAACUGCGGUACUGGUUCAGAUGGAGGUAACGGACUGUGCUAUUCAACCCUGUUACAUGGAUGCAGGUUCGACCUACGAACUAGCACCAACCUUCAUUCCAGCCCAUACCACAAGUAGCUUGACCUACCGGCUGGAUUACUAUUACCAGGGGACGUAUGUAAAUUUUGGUGUCACCAAUCAUUCGGAUACCUUCGUGGCUGGCACGGCAUACAAAAUCGUACGGGAAGUCGUGAUACCUCAGAGAAUUAGAAAUCAUAUCGGCCACUUUCACGUUCUUCUGGAAGACGAGACCAGUGCUAAGGUCUUAAGCCGGUGUGUAUCCGGUCUGAUUAGAUAUUGAAACAAGGGCCGUUAUGAUUUCCAAGUUUGUAAAAUAAUAUGCAUUGAUAUUUAACAAAGUUAGCUGCCUCAUGUGAAAUUUUAAUUUAAUUGGAAAUUAGUGAAAAAUAAAUUAUA